UCACACGCGCAGUUUAUUUUGUAUACGUUUAUGAAUACAACAUCAACAGUUAUCGUGGUGGUGCCCUUUGUACAUGUAACUUUAACACCGUUAUAAUCACGAAGAACAGACUUAUUAAUACGCCAACGAGUUAUCGUUCAUUACGCAAUUAUCGUGUCAAAAAUGAUGUACAUACUUGCGGUUUUGGCACUAACAAUUAGCAUCUACUACUUUACCAAGAACAUUAAUCACUUCAAGAAACAUGGUAUACCGUACAUUCAACCCCUUCCCGUGGUGGGAAAUAUGGGACCGCUGUUUUUCCAUCGUCAAGCAGUAAGUGACUUUGUGCAAUCGUUCUAUAACGCAUAUCCCGAUGCGAAGUACAUCGGCGUGUACGAUUUAACCAAACCGGUUAUUCUGAUUCGAGAUCUCGAACUUGUCAAAUCCGUAAUGGUGAAAAAUUUCAACACUUUCAUGGAUCACAUUGAUUUCGUCGACGAAACGCUAGAUCCCCUUAUCGGUAAUCUACUCAUUGCUCUUCGCGGUGAGAAGUGGCGCGAAGUGCGAUCUGUACUAAGUCCGGCCUUUACGUCCAGCAAAAUGAAAAACAUGUUCAAGCUGAUGUCGGAGUGCGGCAUCGACUUCUGCGAUUAUCUGCGGCAAUUAUCACCGGAAAAUAGAAUGACGGAUAUGAAAGAUGUUUUGUCGAGAUAUACCAAUGACGUAAUAGCUACGUGCGCAUUCGGUAUCAAAGUUGACUCAUUAAAAAACCCGAACAACGACUUUUACGUAUAUGGCAAAGAAGCAAUCACUGUCAAUCUUGUUGUUGUUUUGAAGUCCUACUUACAAAGGAGUUUACCUAGAUUAGGACGAAUAAUAUCGUUGAAACUUAUUCGUGAUAAAGUAGUAAAUUUCUUCCGUUCUAUUGUGAAUAAAACGGUGAAAUCAAGAGAUGCAAAUGGCAUCGUUAGGCCGAAUAUGUUGCAGUUGAUGAUGGAUACCAGAAAUAAGGAAAGCAAGACGAAACUGACUAUCGACGAUAUGGUGUCUCAGGCGUUUAUCUUUUUUUUUGGCGGCUUUGAAACCACUUCUUCAACCAUGUGCUUCGUCGCAUACGAGAUUGCAGUGAAUCAGGAUGUACAAGAAAAACUUCAAAGCGAGAUUGAUCGGGUCUUGGAAGUGACAAACGGAGAAGCGUCUUACGAAGCGAUCAACUCUAUGGAGUAUUUGGACGCUGUGGUCAACGAAACACUUAGAAAGUAUCCCAUCGGUAGAAUACUUGAUAGACUAUGUGCGGAAGAUUUCGAGCUGCCUUCGACAUUGCCGGGAGUGAAGCCGUAUACUGUGAGAAAAGGACAAGGCGUGUGGAUACCGGUUUAUGCGUUUCAUCAUGAUCAUAAAUAUUUCGAUGAACCAAGCAAGUUCAAUCCUGAACGUUUUCUUGGCGAACGAAAAAAAGAAAGUCUCAAUAGCGGAGCUUAUUUUCCUUUCGGACUGGGACCCAGAAUGUGCAUAGGUAACAGAUUCGCGUUGUUAGAGACAAAAGUUUUAUUCUUUCAUCUGCUAGCACGUUGCGACCUGAAACCUUGCGAGAAAACAUCGAUACCGCUAAAAAUGUCUAAACAAUCUUUUAAUAUGGAAGCCGAAGGAGGCAUCUGGCUGAAUGUGACUCCAAGAGAAACGCCUCAUCGCACUAUUUCUGAGAAAACUACUUUAUGAAAUUUAUUUCCGGAAUUUAUCAAGAAGUAUACUCAAACUUUAGGCGCAGUCUAGAUAUAAAGAUGUCUGGAAAUAUAAACCUCAGAG